AUGCGACGGUUCGCCCUGUUGUGGCCGCACUCUGUUUCUGCGGUGCGGUUUAUACACGCCAAUCUUCCCCGCUGGGGAAGGAUCUUCCCGUACAAGCUGACUGACAUUGGCGAGGGCAUUCGACAGGUGGAUGUGGUGUCGGUCUGUGUAAAGAAGGGAGACAGGAUUAAGGAGUUUGAGAAGAUAUGUGAAGUGCAGAGUGAUAAGGCGUUGGUGGACAUAACCUCCAGGUAUGCGGGGGUCAUCUCAGCCGUCCACGUGGUGGCCGGCGAGACCGCACUGGUCGGUCGCCCCCUUGUCGACAUCGAGCUCGACGACGACGCGGAUGGCAAUGAACCUCCGCCGGAAGCCUAUACACAUACAACGCCCGGCGCCACCACCACUUCAGACAAGACAGAGAAGCAGCCUGCUCCUCCUGCGCAGAAGGCUGGGCGAAGGUUAUUGGCCACUCCCGCAACGCGGGAGUUUGCGCGUGAAUGCGGCGUUGACCUCGCACAUGUGGUAGGUACAGGUGAGAGUGGGAUCAUCUUAAAAUCGGAUGUUGAGGCAUAUGUGAAAGGUCAUGCCAACGACGCGGGCGACGAGGUGGUGCCACUGCUCACUGGUAUUCGUCAUGCCAUGGUUAACACCAUGACAGAGGCGGGUAAGAUUCCAAGCUUUACUGCGUGCGAGGAGAUUGACUUGACGUCUCUGUUGGUUGCUCGCGAAGAGCUGAGGAGCAGACUGGCGUUACCCGCUUCGGACGACGCCCCACCCAAGAUAUCGUUGAUGCCAUUGUUUAUUAAGGCGGUUUCCAUAGCCUUGUCACAGAACCAUUACAUCAACGCACAUGUUCCUCACAAGUGCGAUUGCCUUAUUGUGAAGAAGGCACAUAACAUUGGCUUUGCGGUAGACACGCCAAAGGGCCUUAUCGUUCCGGUGGUUCGAAAUGUGGAGGGAAAGAGUAUCAUGUAG